UAGGAUGCACCAUAUACCACAUAUCCUGUACCUCGGGUUUAACUUUCCUUUUCUGUGGCUCUGUAAGUUACUGCAUCAAUUAAAGACUUCAAGGACUGAACACUAGAUUCGGGCUGUUCUGGAAAAAUGCUUUUCAUUUUACUGCUAACUGUGCCAACCAUUGUUGAUGCAUUUUGCCCAGCUCAAUGCACCUGUAUAAUAAAAGAUGCCGUUAAGUGUGCCGGCAGCUCCAUUACAGACAUUUCUAUGUUGACAAUACCUUCUAAUUUUACCUACAUCCUCAUAAAAGACACUCUUGCCACUGAACUAACAGAUAAGACCUUCCAGCAAAUGCCAGUAACCCUGCGUCUUCUUUUGGAAUCCAACCAGUUUUCGACCGUAAGUGUUGGAGCAUUUAAAGGUUUCUCUUUACUGAAAUCUCUCAAACUAUCAAACAACAAAAUACAGAAUCUACCAUCUGGGGUUUUUGACACACUAACGGAUUUGGACCAAUUAAUGCUCGAUAAAAACUAUUUGGUAGAACUAGAUACAAAUUUGUUCUCCAAAUUGGCAAAUCUGGAGGAGCUUUUCUUGAACAGGAAUCGUCUAACAAAGUUACCAGAUGGUUUACUAAGUGGGCUCAAAAAACUUAAAAUCCUGAAUCUCUCCAGAAACAAAAUAACAGAGUUGUCUACAAAGCUAUUUAGUUCACUGACUAACCUGGAAACGUUACAUCUCUAUGAUAAUAAGCUGAAAGAAAUUUAUUCUUGUACAUUUCAAAACCUUGGAGAGCUGACAGAGCUCACUCUGUAUUCAAAUGAAAUCCAAACCAUCGCAGAGGAUGCCUUUAAUCACUCCCCUAAGAUGAACAUAUUGAAGCUUUCCAAAAACCAACUGCAAACGUUACCUGAUGGAUUGUUUUUACAUUUGCCAGAGCUAUCAACCUUGGCGCUCUAUGAAAACCCUUUGACAAAACUCCCACCAGUGUUAUUUGGUAAAAUGGACAAUCUACAGUCCUUGUGGCUUUAUCAUACAGAACUUACUACUGUGCCGGAUUUUGUGUUCAGUAACUUAACCAACUUGCAGUUACUUGUCUUGACCAGGAAUCCAAAGCUACAUAGUCUUCCUAAUGAUGCAUUCAAAGGCCUGACUACACUUUCGGAACUGUCAUUGCAUACAAACAAUCUGACUUCCCUUGAGAAGGGUCUGUUUGAGGAGUUGAAAAACCUGGAAAGCCUCUCUUUGUAUAAUAACAAUUUCAAAGUUCUUCCAGGUAAUCUCUUUAACUCUCUGAAAAACCUUCAAUUUAUUUACCUAAAUAACAGUCGUUUACAGACCGUUCCUGGUGAACUCUUCCAUGGUUUGCCCAAUCUAAAGCUGCUCCGUCUAGAUGGUAACCAUUGGGCUUGUGAUUGCAAGCUUGUUGAUUUCAUAGCAUGGCUUACCAAAAAUAGUAAGACAGUAGAAAAUGCAAGGUCACUCCUUUGUGAAAGUCCUUUAAAAAUGAUGACUACGCCUAUUUUGGAUGCAAAAGAAUUGUCCUGUCUACAUACAACAGCAAUGGGAAUGUAUUCUGAUUCAACAACAGCAACACCAACUUCAUACCAAUGGAGCAGUUUAAGCAGUGUCACCAAGCGUCCCACGCAUUCCAAAAAAACAGCACCUGCUACUACUGAAGAGCAGAUCCAUACCACUACUCCGUUGAUAACAUCUGCGCCUUUUACUGCCACCAAAGAAAAAGACCAUGAAGAGACAAGCUCAACCACAUACCACUACAUCACCCGUUCCUCUUACUGGGAUAAGAAGGACCAGAUAAAGACCACAGUUGCCGGGAUGUCAUCUACAAGAACCACCACACUUAGUACGAUAAUCCACACUAACCAUUCAGUCUUUCCUUAUGGUGGACCAUUUUUGAACUUUAAUAUUCCACUGGGCAAAACUAUUUUAACUUUCUUACUUUUAACUGCAGCAUUACAAAUUGUACUGAUAUUUGUAACGUGUUUUGGAUUGUUUAAAAUGAUAAGGCUUUACAGGUACUUUAAAGGUUUUACACAACCUGUUAUUUUGUUACGAGUUUUAAUACCACUUAGUUCCAAAUCGCAAAUUCAGAGCUUACAUUGUCAAUGAUAGUUUCAUUCAAUGUGAUCAACUGUUAAGUGUUUUAAUAAAUGCAUUGCAAACUUGUAUUUACACACACACCCACAAUA